AUGUGGAGAGGGCUGGAAGGAAUCGACGAGCUGUCAUAUUCUGAAAGGCAAACGUUACUUGAGCCAAAACGUUUCGAGUAUAUUGAAUGGGUUAACAAGGUGUUGCAAUCACACAAAGCUGUUGUUCUGGAGGUGUUCAGAAUUCGCUUUAAUUUGAACAAAUAUUCCAGAUUUGAUAUUGAUAGAUGGCUUCAGCAUGCGUUAGCUAGGAGAGUGCACAUGCUGGAGUUGGACUUGUCAGACUCUAGGGGACAGUCUGAUGGACCUUUCUAUGAGUUUCCUAAUGAGCUACUUGGCCUGAAUGAUGAGAAUUCUUCCUGUGGGAAUGGCUUCAAUUCUGAUGCCAUAUUGUUUGACUUUAAAUCCCUCAGGACUUUGAAGUUUCAUUGUGUACACGUGUCAGGGGAAGUUCUUGAAUUUUUUUUGCACAAUUGCCCUUCUCUUGAGCAUCUGCAAGUGGUAUCCUCAAAUCUGGAAAAGGUUAAAGUUUGUGGUCCAUCUCUUGCACUAAAAUAUUUAGAGAUAAUGUACUGUUCCAGUUUGUCAUCUUUCAUUGUUUGCGAUUCAAACGUCGUUUCACUUAGAACCACUGAAGGUCACAUUUUGGUACUGAAGAAUGUUCCGAUGCUUGUGGAAAUUUUUGUUACUGGAUUUAACUUUCAGAACAAUGGAUAUGCAAGCUUGGUCCAUACUACUAUUUCCUGGAUUUCUUGCUGCCUUUCAAAGUUGGAGGUUCUUACCUUAGGAAUCAGGAGGACGCACGUGACAUUUGAAAGAGAUACAAAUGUUGCACUUCCUCAAUUAACUAAAUUGAAGCAACUCACGUUCAUUAUGCAUGCAGCAAAUGGUGACAAGAGCCUGAUGCCUUUUACUUCUCUGAUAAGGGCCUCUCCUAACUUGGAGAAGUUUGUCCUGAAGUUGGACCGAAAGGGUGAUGUUGACAUGAAACGUAGCGUUUCUGAGAAAGGCGUUACAAAGUCUGAUAGAUCCAUUCUACUCAAAAGGAUUCACAACAGUGCUCUGAGACUAAGAAUUGAGAAUCAUCAGAUAAAUUUGGGAGUGAUGGAAGAUGAUGGUACCAGAAAAAAUGAAACAAAAUUUAAGGAGGUUUUGGUCUGGGUUGUCAGAAAUGAAUGGUGGUGGUUUCUAGUGGGAGAUAAUCCACAGUGUGGUUUGUUUGCACUCAGAACGAGUCCACCAGAAGCCUCUUCCAAUGCUUUAUAUCAGGUACCGAUAUGGUUGGAAUCAAUGUGUUCAGGAGAGGAGACCCUUUACAAUUCCAGAGUAUCCCCACUUCCUAAUAUUUCAAGGGUCCAGUAUACGCUUCCGAGCUUCCAGCUGCAGUCUAAAAACACUGUGCCCACAUUGCAUGAAUUGAAACCGAAUUCUAUUAGUGGCAAUGCUAAUGAUACCACUGAAGAAAAGAAGCAAGCUGCUGCUGAUGUCCUGUUUCACUAUUCCAAGUUUGUCAUGGCGGCUAUUGGAAGCCAAGUUCGACCUUGUGAUUUGAGGCUGCAUUUGAUGAAGGAGGUCUCUGGUUUGCCUACGAAACUCAAGAAGGAUGGUGAGUCCUCUCCUGAUGCUAUGGGAGAGUCAUCAAGUUCUGGUACUUCCAGGCUUGAUAAAACAGACAGCUUUAGAGGACUCUGA